AUGGCUCAACUCCGAGACAAGAACAACGCACUUGAGCGCAAGAACGAAGCGAUGACAUCCGACAACGUGAGACUUGAAGAAGAGAAUAACAGGCUUGCCCACCAGAACAGCGCAUUGGCGGUUGACAGGGAAGUCAUGCACCAUUGGCUCAAUGGUCUGACGGUGUCAAUGUGGAGGUUGACGUAUGAUUGUGUCUACCGUGCAACCGGCAGUGCAGACUGCCCAUACAAGGUAAUACAUAUAUACCCACCCUUCACGGUUUUGUCGGACGAAUUGCUGAAAGAAGCUCUCAAGAAAGCUCUCAGCAAGAUCCUCAACGAAGGGGGCAAGAUCUGGGGACAAGUUUGGAGCGACAAUUGA